GAGUGUUCAGCGUUGUUGUUUCCUGAUGUUCUCACAGCCUCCGUGUUUCCCUUCUCCUCGUGUGCAGACUGUCUGGGCCUGCGCUUCACCUGGCUCCACUCGCUCUUCGACAAUUUCCCCUCGUUGCUGAAUUUCGCCGUGAAGCUUCGCUGCGAGACGGGACUUUGUCCCGGCGACCUGGAAGAUUACGGCUGCUCCUGCAGAUACGUCGCAGCUGGAAACCCUGUGGAUCCUCUGGACACCUGCUGUGACACUCACAGGCUGUGUUACCAGAACGCCGCCCCCUGCAGGCAGACGCUGCCGCUGCUCCCGAGCAACGUCACCUGUUCACCUGCAAACAGCAGCUGUGAUGCUGGUGACUGGUGCCAGCAGAGGUUUUGUGAAUGUGACCAGGCCGCCGUCGACUGCGUGAGUCAGAGCUCGUACAACUCGACGCUGCGAGGCCUCGCGGCGUCGUCGUGCUCUGCCGCGAAUCAGACGGAUCUACUCGGCGUUACCGUGGAGACGGACGAUGCCUUCAGAGGAGCAGACGCUCUCUCGGCUCUGAACGACUCUCUGAGCUUCCAGCUCAACUCCAGCUCCUCCGACCUGUCGGCAGAGGUUGAGGAAGGGGAAGUCGGUGCCGAGCAGCUAGAAGAGACGAUGCACCCGAGUUUCCUCUCUGAAGAUCUGAAUGUGACCGUGACACAAGAGCCACCGGAGCAGGAAGAGAUAAAAGUGGAUCCUGCAUCACUCGGCCCGGAUCCGGUUCCGUUGGUCCACGAUGGAGAAUCGCCGAGCGGAGCAGAAUGGGAUCUGAGCUCUGCAGGUGAACAGUCGAAGACGACUUCCCUGAGGACCACAACUCCCAUCAGGCCGACGCCGACGGACGAGUCGUCUGAGGAAGUCCCAACUCCAUCACUGACGUCAGCAAAAUCACAAAACGGCCAAAUCGGGGAAAAGACAACAACCACGUCCCACAGGACGCCGCCGGAGGAGGAGGAGGAGGAGGAGGAGGAGGAGGAGGAGGAUGAUGAAGAGGAGGAUGAUGAAGAGGAGGAAGAGGAGCAGGAGGCCUCAGAUGAGCACGUCAACAGUGUGUUCACAACCUCAACCAGCACCACGGCAUCAACGCAGCCGCCGACCACAGAGUCCGACAAGGCGACGGGAAGCUUGACACCGACGGCGAAGACGACGUUGGCUCCGCCCACAGGCGUCGGCUUGACAUUCACACCUGCAUCAGCCUCGGCGUCAGAGGAGAGCGCCUCCUCCCAGAGGACGACUGAAGGGCCGGAGGUCACGAGAGGCACCGUGGCUCCGCCCACAGAUCCUGCCGGGUCACGGGAGGACGACUCCACCCCUCCCCCCCCUCCCCCACUGAGCAGAGGUGAAGAGCUUCUAACAUCUACAUCAUCAUCGUCAUCAUCAUCACCAUCAUCAUCAUCAUCAUCAUCAUCCACCUCAGAGAGCAGCGUUGCCCAGACGACGGCGGGAGGACGAGUCUCCUCCGUCAGACCCACGACCACGACACCGGGGAAGUCUCCCGAGGACCAAUCUGUGGAGGACAAACCUCCGUGUGAGGACGCAGACGUGACGGACAGCUCGCAGGAGGAAGACGCCGACGACUGGGACGUGGCUCGGAGGAGGUCGGUGCCGUUCUUCGCCUGGUCGCUGCUGGAGUCGGUGGGUUUGUCCGACCUGCAGCUUCAGCCCGACAGCAAAGAAUGCCGUCGCUCCUUCACCGUGUACGGCAGCGACGGGCGGAGCCGCCGCGAGAUGCCGGCGCUGGGCGAGAUGCUCCACUGCCUGACGGGACGAUGUCCACACGAGUACGAGAUGUACGGCUGCUACUGCGGACGGGAGGGCGGCGGGCGGCCGCUGGACCAGCUGGACAGGUGCUGCUUCUUCCAUCACUGCUGCCUGAAGCAGAUCGGCUCCAUGGGCUGCAGGUCGGACCGGACGCUCAACGCCCGGACGACCUGCGACGACGGGAAAGCGCGAUGUCAGGGCGUCAGCGUGUGUGACAAGCUGCAGUGUGUGUGCGACCGGGCCACAGCCGAGUGCAUGGCGGCGGCCCACUUCAACCACAGCCUGCCGUCCCUGCGGUGCGGCGGACCCGGACCGCCCUGUCGCCGGGCCAGUCGAGAACCCGAACCGCGGCUUUCCCCUCAGUCCAGCGAGGAGAGCGACGAGGCGGCGGGAGGAAGCUCGGACACGCACGAACUGACGGACCAGGAACCUGCGGCUGAUACCAACACUCCUCGUCCUCCUCACGACAGGCGGCAAGAGAGAAGUGAUGAAACAAACCUGAAGGACGAAGAGAAGUUAAAACCUGGAUCAGCUGUCGACCCGACACCACCACCUCCUCCUCGUCCUCCUCCUGCUCUUCCUCGUCCUCCUCCUCCUCCUCCUCCUCCUCCUGCUCUUCCUCGUCCUCCUCCUGCUCUUCCUCCUCCUCCUCCUGCUCUUCCUCUUCCUCCUCCUCCUCCUCCUCCUGCUCUUCCUCCUCCUCCUCCUCCUCCUCAACCCGGCUCCAGUGACGAGAGCAGAGAGACACCGACAUUCGACGUGACUCAAACCCAAAACCACAGGCCGAGUCCAGAUCAGAGCGAAGGACCAUGGCCAUCGAGACGACCGGGAGGGACAGGGGUGGAACAGGAAGAGGAACAGGAAGAGGAACAGGAAGAGGAACAGGAAAAGGAGGAGGAAGAGGAGGAGGAAGAGGAAGGAAACUAGAAGUGGGUAUAGUGUGUUUAAAGGCAGCUUUGGGGUUUCAAGUCAUUUUUGGGUCUUUGAUAAAGAUAAAUUUGCGGUCACAGAAUUUAUAGAGAUAAUGUUGAAAAUAAAAAGGGUUUCCUGUGA